GGUGUGGCCGUAUUUGGAUUUGAGAACAUUUUAAUACGAGGACUGUGAAAACGUCUCCAGAAUCAAUUUCCUUGUUCGUGUGUCUGUUGUCGGAGCCCUAGAUGGACGGGAUUUCCUCUGAGAGUGAAACAAAAACACCAGGCCUCCUCCUGCGUCCUCUCGGGGACGUGCUUUAAUGUGAGGUGCCCGACUCUGCUGGAAGCAAAGGCAAAACCUUCGGUUGUCUCUUUAAAUCGUCUCUGCAUUGUGACGGGCGGCAGGCUGGCAGCGGGCUGGCUGGGACGAACCAUUCCGGCCCUGCCGCAGGGAGCCGGCCACCGCGCCGCGCCAUCAGCGCCUCCCCCAUCCCCAUGGUUACGGCUCCUGCUUCCGACCAUCCCUCGUCCCUGACCGUCGCCGCCCGCGGGAGCAGGCGCAGCGGCCGCUGGCAGUCCUCACGCAGAGUUCGGGAAGCUGCCUGCUGAGAAUUGCACUGAAUGUCGGCUGCUCCUGGCUCUGACUCAUCCUCCGGGGUGCAGAGCCCCGGCCGGCGCUGGGCUGCGGUCCUGCAAUCUGUUGAUAACUCCACUUGCAGGCUCCAGAGCGCUGCCUCUGGGAUGGAAAACUGCUCCCCAGACCCGAGAACUCACCGCGGCUCGCCGCCAACGGGAGGCACAGGACCGUGGCCACUCCAGCUGUUUUCACCAAAAUAGAUGGGGGAGGCCUCUCCACCCUUGCCCGCCCCACCGCGGUCGCCAGGGGCUCGUCCCCGUGGCCGCUGUUCGGGACCUUGACCUUCCAGACGGCCAUGGAAGCUGGAGGGGAGAAGGGUGCAACAUAAUCGGCCGGGCAGGCAGCGCCACCUCCACCCCCUGCUCACACCUCAGUGACUUCUCUGUGCUCAUGGAUCUGAGGGCCGUCCUCUCCCUGCCCCAGGCCCCCGGGGAGUUCCUGCACCCCGUGGUGUACGCCUGCACCGCCGUCAUGCUGCUCUGCCUGCUGGCCUCCGCCGCCACCUACGUCCUUCACCGCAGCGCUAUCCGGAUCAGCCGGAAAGGCCGGCACGCGCUCCUGAACUUCUGCUUCCACGCGGCUCUGACCUUCUCAGUGUUCGCCGGCGGCAUCAACCGCACCAAGCACCCCACCGUGUGCCAGGCGGUGGGCAUCGUGCUGCACUACUCCACGCUGUCCACCAUGCUGUGGAUUGGAGUCACCGCCAGGAACAUCUACAAGCAGGUGACCAAGAAGGCCCCCCUGUGCCCGGGGACAGACCAGCCACCGUACCCCAAGCAGCCCCUGCUCAGGCUCUACCUCAUCAGUGGAGGGGCUCCUUCCAUCAUCUGCGGCGUCACGGCCGCCACGAGCAUCAGGAACUACGGGACGGAGGGCGUGGAUGCUGCAUACUGUGCCAAGCGGGACGAUGUGUGGCACUGCUGGUGGUCCUGCUGCCCCUCCCGCAGGGACCCUCACGCAGCAAAGCUCGGCACCCGCCCCGCACUUGACGCCAACGGGGACGUGCUGGGCCACGCGGCCUGCCUGCCGGACUCGCCGUGCCCUGGCAAGCCACUUGGCUUCGGCCACCCCCAGGCCAGCCACUGCAAGAUGACCAACCUGCAGGCCACCCAAAGCCAUGUCAGCUGCCUGUCUCCGGCCACGCCCUGCUGCGCCAAGAUGCACUGCGAGCAGCUGAUGGAGGGCACGGGCCAUAUCCACGUGCACGAGGAGGAUGCCUUCGGGCACGACUCGCACCUGCACAGGUGCCCCCAGGGCAGAACUAAGCCACACUACUUCAGCCAGCACCAGGCAGCCGAGCAGGAGUAUGCCUACCACAUCCCGUCCAGCCUGGACGGCAGCCCCCGCAGCUCCCGCACGGACAGUCCCCCCAGCUCGCUCGAGGGCCCAGUGGGGCCCCACUCACUGGCCUGCUGCGCCCAAGGGGACCCCUUCCCCUUGGUCACCCAGCCCGAGGGUGGCGACGCCAGCCCCGUGGCCUAUGGCUGCCCCCCGCGGCUGGGCAGGGAGGUGGCCCAUGGCCCUGGUCACUUCGAGAUGCUCCGGAGGACGCAGUCCCUGCCCUUCAGCGGCCCUGGCCAGAAUGGGCUGGUCAAGGGGGACAUGCCUUACGGCUCCGACAGCACCGGCAACAUCCGCACGGGGCCCUGGAGGAACGAGACCACGGUGUAGCGGGCAGCCGGGCACCCUCGCCCAUGUGGCCGCACACACGCGCGCCGGGCGUGCUUCAGUGCAGAGCCAGGACCUCUGCUGCAAGAGGGGGCGGGGGUCACCACCGGACCGAGCUUUGGCGGCACCCCACUGACCCCUUCAGCAGGAAGGACUGGAGCAGAAAGACGCUUUGGGCCACAUCUGCCUCCACGGACCUGAGGUCAGACCAGCGUACACAUCCAGGCACCUGCCUGCCAUCCUGCCAUGCCCGGUCCCCGGGGGGGGCAGCCCAGGGACGGACCGGGCAGGGAUUCUACCAAGGGAGCAGCCCUCAGCACCCGCAUGGCCCGCGCAACCUAGUGGGCAUCCCACCCGCCCUGCCGCCUGCCCACGGCAGGAGGUGCCACCAACAUUUUCUAGUGUUUCGUGUGCGUGUUGUUAAGUCUUGUUCCUGGGGGCAGACAGCCUGCCGGUCAGUCCAGAGCACUCUGGGCAGUUGCCAUGAGCCCCUCCGCUGUCGUGGGGACUCCCGUCAGCUCCCUGCCCUGCACUGGCUCCAACCUCAGCCCAGUCUGGGAUGCAGCCACGCUCCGAGAGACCGUCGGCGACCCGAGGCCUUUCCAGGGCCAGCGGGGGCCUGAAGGGUCGCGCCUUCGAAAUGCCCAGAUGUCCUUUAAUAUAGACUCAGCUUGCAACGCCAGCGUCUGCCAGGACUGGUCCCGCCUCCCAACAGGGGUGUUGGGGAACAGCUCCGUUCCCUGCCACAGAGAGGCACUGGCAUUCCUGUGACCCUCCGGGCACAAAGCCGUGAGUCGGAGGACAGAUGUCAAUCAUAGAUCCUUCUGCGACAGCAAGUGGCACAUCCCUCGGGAAGGGGUCUGUGCAUCCCCACGGAGGCAGAGCCCAGACAUCCAGGGGGACGUGCGUGUGAGCCCGGCAGUCAUUCCUCCCUCCCGCCCUCCCUCCUUGGGUCUGUGGCACAUGUGCACCCACACGCAUGCACACGCACACGUGUUGGUGCACAUGCCACGUACAUGUGUGCGGGGUGCUCGCGUGCACAGCACACACCACACGCAUCACACGCAUCACCCGUGGACACAUGUCUGCUGCACAUGGCACAGGUGCACGUGCAGGGUGGUGUGUUGUCCAGCCACCCGAGGGCCGGGCUUGCUUCACCCUGCACAGCCUGGUCCCCAGGACUUGUCAGCAGCUGUGUCUGGGGGGGCCCCAGUGGGAGGAGGCUCUUCCUCAUGCGCCUGGGGUGGGCGGCAUGUCAGCCGUCCCUGGGCUGACUCUCAGUAUCUGGGCCCAGGAGCCUGGCUUCCUGACAGUGAGGUUGUAAUAGACCACGGUGCCUGGGGCCUGCCUCGAAUCCCGUGUGUCCUCACAGGUCAACCUGACAGCAGCUGACAGCGCCGGCCCCCGUCCAGCCUGCUCACCUGCUUCCAUGGCUGGUACGAACCAGAGACCUGGGGCGUGCUGGGUUCUCACUGUAGACGCAGAACUGUCCAUGAAAUACAGUAUUUUCAUCGUUCGCCCUUUGUGAGGCUGGUUAAUAGCUUCCGUGUGCGCCUCUCUCCCUCGGGGAGGGGCAGCCUCUCCUCGGGGCACGGCCCCCCUUCUGUGCCCCUGGGCCCCUCAGGGAGCCCACCGUCCUUCCUUCCUGCCCUCGGCACCCCUGGCAGGACAGAAAGAGUGCCUCACCAUCCAGACCAAAGAAACAGCAUUAAACAUUCCACACCAUG